AUGACUACAGCUCACAGACCAACCUUUGAUCCCGCGCAAGGAAAAGAGGCCCUCCGCGGCCCAGCGUACCACCAACGGCUUUUGCCUGCAUAUACACACCUGAAGACUCGUCAACUUGGCCAGGGAGGCGAAGGCGAGGCCCAACAACGCGAUCUGCGGGCCGAGCUGCUCCAGGCCGAGGCGGCUCACUUUGCUAAGAAGAGGGGCGCUCCAGUCGACGAACCCAUCAUUGAGAGUGCCGCGCCUCCACGUCAAAUAGAAGGGGCUUCGGAAGGCAGUGCAGGCGAAGCAGAGGAGGACCCAGAGGCGAAACGACGACGGAUAUUAGAGGAGACACGAGACAUAGACGCGGACUCGGAAGGAUCAGAGGACGACAGUAGCGAAGAAGAGAGUGAUGACGAAGAUGAAGCCGCUGAACUGAUGCGGGAGCUCGAGAAGAUCAAAAAGGAACGACUAGAACAAAAAGAGAAAGAGGAACGCGAACGCGCUGCCGAGGAAGAGGAGCAACGAGAGUAUGACAUCGCCAGAGGCAAUCCGUUGCUCAACCCACAAGACUUCAACCUGAAGCGGAGAUGGGAUGAUGAUGUGGUGUUUAAGAAUCAAGCUCGAGGCACUGAGGACAAACGAGGCAAGGAGUUUGUGAACGAUCUGCUGCGCUCCGAUUUCCACAAGAAAUUCAUGGUAAGUACGAGCCUUCUUCAUUCUUAUGGCUGCCUCUAA